AUGUCCGCACCCAACCACUACACAACACACGUCUCGCUGGCCUCGGUCUCGGAUUCCGACUACGAAUUCGAUACGCGUUCGAGCACACCGUCGCUCACCUCCUCUGUUGAUGCGCGUCGACCAACCCAAGCCUGCAGUGGUGUCGAUGACCGCCGCACAUCCAGCGGAGACCCAUCAUCUCUCCCAAACCCACCUGUGACGCGCGGUGUCGAGUACGAGCGGCACGAUCUGCUGCGCAGGGAUAUCGAGAUAUUUCGUAAUGAGUUGGAUCACAUGUGGGAGUUGGUCGGCAUUAACUGCGGCAGCGGGAUUGACCUGCGCAACCGACUCCAGCGUUUGGAAGCCUGGGUGGGCGAUAUCGCCCAGGCGCAGAGCGAACUCACGGUCAAGAUCAUGAGCAUGGAGGCGGCAAUCGGCCAGUGGUUAGUUCACCAGCAGCAGAGAGGUCUUAGGCGCUUCUACGAUGACGAACACGACUGA